AUGUGGUCGCUGAAGCCCGGAUCGGACGCUGAGGCCUCAUGGAUUCAAUUAGAGAAGACAAUAGAUUCUUUCAUCGCAGUUACUCCAGUCGACGAAUAUCACUUUACCCCCAAAAUCGUUGCUGAGGCAUACGAAAUGGGACGAGAAAAGAACAAAACACAACCAACAGUACUCAUCAGCUGCUCCUCUCAACCUUACGGGAAUGAAAUGGCAAAGACGCUGCAGAGAAGCGGAGUGCUGGAGACUCACUCAACUACCUUCCGGGUGCUGGUUCGUCCUUGA